AAGUGAGUGUCGGUCAUUUGAGAUGUAAUGUGCCUGACAUUUGUCAUAACUACAGCAUCAAUGAUCUCCGGGUACACAUUGUUUAAAGCUUAAAGGAACUGCUUGCAUCAGAAUUAGUUAAGUCAUUGUUCUCUUGUCUCAUAUAACCAAUCCAAGGCAUGUUGCACCGUUUGAAGGAAGCCAUUUAAAUUUACAAUGACUGAAACCCCUUACAAAACUGUGCUGUGGUGGUGCCAUGGGACUAAGUGAUUACUAUAUAACUGUAUAAACUGGGUAUUGAAAAUGACUUUAAACCAUACGAUGGUAUCAUGGCUCCAUGAUACAAUGUCCAAAAGUGUUUGUGUGUACUUACAAAUUUGCACCCAAAAGUGAGCUAAACCUGUCAGUACACACCAAAAUUUUUUCGGGUUGUUGACAUUUGUAGAAAUGGUGUAAAAAAAAGAAAAUCGUUUGUUCCCUUGUAGAAAUACAGAAGCAGUGUAUUAAGUCUAUGUAGAGUGCCCAUUUAAAUAGCUAAAUGUGUGUGUGUUUGCUGACAAUUUCAGUACCAGGUUUAACAUGGUACAUUUUUACAGGGGUUCUCAAACUUUGUGGGACCCCUCAUAUUAUUUUUUUACGUUUAGAUUUUUCUGGAUUUUGGGUUUAAUAGUUCAAUUAAAUUGUAGUAUUCAAAAACCUAAUGAAUUUAAAUUAUAAAACAAAAUGUAACAAAAAAUAAGUUAUUAUUAUUAACUUUGAGACUUACAUUCUAUUGCACAAUGGUGAUAUAUUUCUAUUAAAAUAUCUUCAAACCUGACUUUUAUUUUGAUGGGUUGUCGUAAAGACCUUUGAUUUUUUUUGUGUGUGUUUGAGUGAGUGUGAGUGAUAUGAUUUCUCAAAUUAAAUGGUGAAUUGUUUUUUUUAGUGACUCUCAGAGCAGUUCUGAAGAUGAAGUUAAUGUUAAUGUCCUCCUAUAGUGAGCUUUACCCUCAUGUAGACCUGAGAUUAUUUCGCAGACCCCACUUUGAGAACCCCUGUAUUUUAGGAUAAUCAGUGUAAAUUUACAAUAGGCCUUACAUUUAAGUCUUCACACAUUUUUGAGACCUUUACCACUGAAACUGCUGAGGAAAACAUGUCAGUUGCUGAAGGCGUUGAUCAUGCUAAGUGCAUUUCACAGCGGUUCUAUCUGCUAGCCGACUCUUUGUUAGCAUUUAAUCUAACUGAAUAAAUCGUCUUUUUUGCCAACUGUGAUUACCAUACCGUUGAUGAAGUAUCAACAGAUGCUCAGCCCCUCCGUUUCCUCACGUAUCUGGUCUCAUGCUCGACUGACGAGUCACAAGUUGUGCAUUUCUCUCUGCGGGGCGUUUCUGUUUCUCCCCUCAGAGUCUGACCGCGGAUCACACGCGUCCAUGAUCGGCUCCGUCUCACGCAGACAUGCAGAACCAUCACCUGAAGGAGCACUUGUAUAAAAUCCUGGUGAUCGGGGAUCUGGGUGUGGGGAAAACCAGCAUCAUCAAGCGCUACGUGCACCAGAACUUUUCAGCGAACUACCGCGCGACCAUCGGCGUGGAUUUCGCGCUCAAAGUUCUCAACCUUGAACAGGAGACCGUUAGACUGCAACUGUGGGACAUCGCCGGCCAGGAGCGUUUUGGGAACAUGACGCGGGUGUAUUACCGAGAGGCCAUGGGAGCCUUCAUUGUUUUCGACGUCACACGGCCGUCAACAUUCGAGGCCGUGGCCAAGUGGAAGGAGGAUCUGGAUGCCAAGUUGAGUUUAUCCAACGGCAAACAUGUGGCGGCCGUAUUGCUUGCCAACAAGUGCGAUCAGGGCAGAGACGUUCUCACCAACAAUGGCAUCAAGAUGGAGCAGUUCUGCCAGGAGAACGGCUUCGUGGGAUGGUUUGAAACCUCAGCCAAGGAGAACAUUAAUAUAGAUGAGGCCGCACACUGUCUUGUGAAGCACAUUAUAGCUAAUGAGAAUGAUCUGCUGCAGUCAGAGGUUGUAGACACCAUCUCGCCGCAGCAGGAGUCCAGCCGAGGAGGAACCUGCUCGUCAUGUUUCAGAUCCUGAAGAAGAUCUCCAGAUGCUCUCUGAGGAGCGCCUCUCCAUUCAACCUCAUCCUGGUUCUUUCAGGUCUUUCCAUUGGGUUUGGUCUCUUCUCAUCUCAUUCACGUCUCCUCUCGACUCUGUUUAUCUGUGACAGCACCGGAGAGGCAACCCUGUCGCCUUGUCUCGGUUUCUGUGAUUACAAGCCUUAUCGAACACUUUGCAGAGCAGAACAUUUUUAAGAGAAAGAGACAAUGUUGAGAAAUUCAUCUGCAAAAACUUCACGAGAACUUCAGGUUCCUGCAGAAUCAAAACCCUGAGAGGCCAAUGCUGCGUUUUAACGUCCAUUUUUUCACUGUAUUAUCAUUUCGCUGACCUACUUUGCUGUUAAUUCAUAGUUUUACUUACAAACAGAAAUCAGCUGAAUAAGCAAAGCCAACAAAUUAAAAACGUUAUGAGUAAAGUGAAACUGAAAGUGAAUUUUCAUAAUUUCAAAGUCAGCCGAAGUCAUUCAGCUUAUGAAUUAUUCAGGUAUUAAAAGUUUUGAUGAAUUUGAACAUUUCUGGUACGUGCAGUUGCAGAUUUUUCUAAAACCACGUAAAGAAUAAAAUGCAAGGAAAACAAUAUGUCAAUAUGGUGUCUAACUGUAAAUGUCUUGUAUUCACAAUUCAAACUCUGAAAAUACAACUUUACACAGAUCUGCAUUAAUUUCUUGAUUUCUGCUCCUAAACACUAAAAUAUGGAAAUCACUUUUAGUGCUCCUUCUGAUCACCCUGAAAAAAGUGCUUGUUUUCCAGUGUUAAUAUCUGAAGAGUAUUAAAUCAAGAUACAGCUUGCUUUAAACAUCAACUCACUUCAUUUGACUCAAUUUCUUAGAAACAAAACUUCAUAUGUCUGAUUGUUUGUUUUUGCAAUGCAUGCUAUUUUUUAUAGCUGUAACUUUAUUUUUUGCUUGAAUUAAUGCCUUAUUUACAUACACAUAUAUUAUGAUGACCUGUAAAUAACCCUCUAUUUACCCAGUAUACAGCAGAAAG